UGUAUAUGUGCAUGUCUGUGUGCACAAUAUAUAUUUUUUUCUCUCUUUCUUCAUGGUGUUGAUAGUUAAUGAAACAGCGUUUGUCGUAAACAAAUUUAUGAAUUUAGUUUACGAUUGUUUACAAAUCGCGAUGUGAAUAUCGAGAAAAAAAGACGUCAAAAUAAAAUGUUUGAAAUAAAGUUGAAAGAAGCCACAUUGAAAGCGAAAUAAAAGGAAUUCAAUAGAAAAAAGAAUAGUGAAUAGUGUAUAUGGUAUUGAAUUGCUAAAAAUAAAGCCGAUGUUAAUAGAAUAAAAAGAAGGCAUCAAGUGCAUUAGUAUCGCCCAAAUCGGUAACACGAUUGAGCGUAUGCAGUAGAUUUUUCAAUAAAAAAAAAAGUGCGAACAAAGCCAACGAACCAACAACAAUAUCGCCGAGCGCAGAGAGAUAGAGUGAAUAUGUGCAAGAUGUCAGCCAAAGUGGUACAAUUGCAACUAAAAUGUUAUUAAGUUGCAAAUUCGAGUGGGUGUUGGAUUUAUAAUAAUCAGCACAAAAAGAAAUCGGAAAUUUUUAAACACAAAUGAAAAAGGUGAAUGGUGAACAAAAUUGAAAUGAUUUACGUAUUUUUAUUGAUUAUUUUUGGUUGGUGAGCGGACGAGUAUCGAGAAAUUCUAGUGUCGAUGGAGUCGCGUAUUUAGAGCAUGAGCUUAAAAUAGAGUCAUACCGCAUCAAUAAUUCAGUGAAAAAAUGAUGUCGACACAAACGACCGAAAAGAAAACAACGGUGUUAACAGCAACACAAAAUGCAGUUUCCGAUGUCAUCGAGAAUAAUAUCGAGAGCAUUGAACAUGUUAAAACGGAAAUGGAAAAACUAAAAAUAGACGAACAACAACAGCCGCAACUUAUCGACUUAUCAGUUGAGAAUAACCAGCAAAAACAAAAUGCAGAUAACCAACAUAAUAAUGGUACAAAGCAAGAUACAAACAAGGAAACAAUUUACGCAACACCGUUACGAAAACUCGACCGACCAAAAGUAAAAGCAAGCACAAACCAUGAGGCAAAACCAAAUAAUAGUGACGACAUAAAUGGAGGCACCGCCGAGGAUAGGCAUAUACUGAAUUUUCUCAAAGACACCAGUAAAUUGCAAAAGAAAUUACAACGUUCGGGUUGCGGCAGCGGAAAUAAUAGUUCGGGCGAUAGUGAUUAUGCGAAGGCAAAUUUUUCGUCACUCGCACAGGAACAACAUUUUGUGAAUUUAGUACAACAGAAUGUCAUCGGAUACAGUGAAAAUGUUACGCACGAGACUGAUACAACGAAUAACGACGACGAAACCGCACCCAAGGGAGAAACAUCGUUCGAUGCCGGGGCUGAUUUGAAAUUGGUACCGUUGAACGGUUGUAACAAUAGAGAAUAUUUACCAAAGAUUUCCGAUGUUUUCAUCAAACGUGAAUGGAUCAUAAAACUCAUAGCGCUGUGUUUGGAGCAAAGACUGACGAAACAAACAAAAUUGUCGUCAAUGGCUUUGGGCGAUGAGGCUGUCGGUGAAUCGCAUAAAAAAUCCGCGUCAUCACGAAUCCAACAAAAAUCGACGACGUCACAACAUAGUGGUGUAUUUUUACUCGGCUCAAAUGGUUCGGGAAAAACAUCGAUUUGUAAGCGAAUUAUCAAUGGCAAUACGGGCACACAAGGCAUGCUUAAUCGAAAAUUACUGUGUUGCUAUUUUAUAAAUACACAAAAUGCCGAGUGUCAUUCGUUGAGCACAUUCAUUCGAUGCAUUGUUAUGCAGAUCUUAUCGCAUUCAACACUUUUAUCGUCAAAAGACGAUGCUGACAGUGCGAAUCAAUCGAAAAAUAGCAAUGACAUUUCAUCAGACACGGCCGCACUUGAUACCACUCUAAUGGAUACAACAUCGUUGCUAAAACCAAAUGAGGAUGAAGCAAAAGCAUCAACAUCAGCCGAUAAAGACGGCGCAAACAACGAAGAGAAAUCGAUAAAAACACAAAUGGUACGUCAAAAUUCCGAAACAAAUAAAAGCGGCGUAAAGAGCAGUAAUCGUAAUUCCACCUACGAUACAUAUCCGCCAGCACAAAAGGCGAAUGACGUAAAACCAGCCGAACAAAAUCAGUGCUUUACACCAAGUAAAUCUAAAACGACACGUGGUUCAUCGAAAAUUCCAGUUAAAAUCGGCAAUAAAUCUGGCUCACCGUCGAUGACAACAACGGCUAAAGAAACACCAAAUACAUCACCGGCUAAAAAGACGAACGAAACCAAAUCAAUUAUUCAACAGAGCGAAAAGAUUGAAGAACCAAAUGAAGAUACAAACGAUGCACUAUGCACAAGUGUCGAGUAUGAAAAUGUGGAGAGCCGUAAAAAGAGCAACGAACCAAAGACCGAUGCAAAAAUAACAACCGCCGUGGAAAAUGUCGAAACGAAAAUUGAAAAUAAUCAACCACAAUUACCAACCAAAACCAAAUCAUGCCUUCAAAUGAUUGCCGAUGAAUAUUUUGCGAUUUUAACACAAAAUCCGGAAAUUAUGGACAGUUUGAAUGCAGAUAACAUUGAAAAGAAUCCAGAUGAAUGUUUUAAAAAAGCCAUUUUAUAUCCAUUCUUGGAAUUGCAACCGCCAAAGUCAGCGUUGCUAUUUCUAGUCGAUUCCAUCGAUGAACACUACAUUAACGAAGAAGAAAAUGUGAUGUCAACAUUAAAAGGCAAUACGUUGAAUCGGAGCAGAACGAUUGCCGAGCUGCUGUCGAAUAAUUUCCAUUUGAUUCCAAAGUGGCUGUUUCUAGUGUGCACAGCGAAACGACAAAGUCGACAUAUUGUCAAGAAAUUCAAUGGAUUCAAGAAGAUUGCAUUGGACGAUUUACGUAAGAGUCAUGUUGUUAAAGAUGUACAAGAGUAUAUUAUAGCACGUUUGAAUGCCGAUUUCAAGGGUCAAAUUCAAUUCUCGGCAGACAUAAUUGAUUGUCUCAAUCAACUUUACAUUAAAUCGAACGGUUCGAUAUUGUACUUGGAAAAAGUAUUAAGUGGCAUACGGGAGAAUGUAUUUUCAUUUCGUGAAAUCAAAUUGAUUCCAUGCACGCUGAAUGGUUUGUACUUGUACAUUUGUCAGAAAUCGUUCAAUAAAAAGCAGUACAGUAAAAUUCGUCCGAUCUUAAAUAUAUUGCUGGCAAGUUGUGAUUUCGUUGAUUUAACAUUCGUUAUGAAUUGCCUACGUACCCAUAAUUAUACGAUCGAUCAACCGGAAUUUGAUAAGCGCAUCGAUGCCAUGAAAUAUGUGCUGACAUUCAACGAUGACAAAACCAAAGUGAAAAUCUUUCAUAAUUCGUUUAGCGAUUGGUUAAGUGAUGUGAAAUUUUCAACGAAAAAAUUUCUAUGCAGUGUCAACGAAGGGCAUGCCAUGAUAUCAAUGUAUUAUACGCUGGUCAGUGAUACAUUGUGUCCGAAUCAAGUGCUUCGCUAUUUUGGCCAUUUAAUUAAAUGUGAUGAAUAUGCGAAAGGUAAAAGUAUUAAUUUGGAUCUCAUUCUUAUUUUAUUGGAGUCAAAAGCAAAUCUGGUCGAUUGUUUCUAUGUGAAUGCAUUAAAUUGUUGUGCCGUUUGUGAAUUGGAUUACAAACAAACGUAUUGUAUGAUGCCAAGAAUGCGAACAACCAUCGAACGAUUUUUGAAUAAAACACUUUGUGAUGAAGUUUUGGAUUUUAUCAAUGAUUUCUUUAAACCGAGCCUACCAACAAACACAAAAAUACUCAAGCUACUCAUUGAGACGGGCAUUAAUAAUGCAGACUGUCAAUUUUCAUAUGAUUCAUUGAUUACGUCACCGGUGACGGAAGAUAACGAUGAAUUGGCCAAAUUAUUGAUAAACAGUGAGAAAUCGUGUCAACGUAAUAACAGCAAAGAUACCGACGCCAAUGAAUACCAAGAAAUUAUGUCACCAUCUUUGUCACCGACAACUCAGAAUCAACGUAAACGCGACAACGAUGAAUGUUCAAAUGGCGAUGAUUUAGCGCAAAAACAUCAGCUACUGUCGUGCGGAAAGGCAUUGAUUCAUUUACUUGCGAACGAAGGUAAUGUCGCAAUGCUCAAGAGAGCUUUAAACGCUUGUAAGAAAGACGGUAAUGGUUUGGCCACCAUUGACCUAGAAGUUGAGGAUGAGUGUGGACAAACCGCUCUGAAUAUUGCAGCUCGCAAUGGACAUUUUGAAAUUGUCGAAUUACUGUUGAGUUUACGAUAUGUUUGCACUACGUCGCAUCAAAUCAAACAUGUCAAUGUUAAUCAUGCUGAUCGCGAUGGAUGGACACCCUUGAGAUCAGCUUCAUGGGGCGGUCACGCGGACAUUGUUAAAUUGCUCAUCAAACAUCCGGAGAUUCAAAUCGAUUUGGCUGACAAAGAACAACGAACCGCAUUGCGAGCUGCAUCUUGGAGUGGUCACGAGGACAUUUUGAAAGCAUUAAUCAAUGCUGGUGCCGAUGUAAAUUCGGUCGAUCGACAAGGCAGAACAUCAUUGAUAGCCGCAUCGUACAUGGGCCAUUAUGAAAUUGUCGAAAUCCUUCUGGAAAACGGUGCUGAUGUCAAUCAUCUUGACAUCGAUGGUCGAAGUGCUUUAUGUGUGGCUGCGCUGUGUGGAAGCAGUGGUUACAGUCGUGUUAUUUCUAUCCUAUUGGACUAUCAUGCAAAUGCGGAUCAAAUAGAUAAUGACGGCAUGUCAAGUUUACUAGUCAGUGCAUUCGAAGGAAAUGCUGAGGUGUGUGAACUAUUGAUGGAAAAUGGAGCUGACCCAGAUUUAUGCGAUAAUAUGGGACGAACACCAUUAUGGGCAGCAUGUACAAAAGGCCAUGCAAAUAUUGUAAAAUUACUUCUAUUCUGGGGAUGUAGUAUUGAUUGCAUGGACUCCGAAGGUCGUACGGUGCUCAGCAUUGCCGCCGCUCAAGGUAAUCCAGAGAGUGUGCGACAAUUACUUGACCGAGGCUUGGAUGAAACACAUCGCGACAACGCCGGAUGGACAGCGUUACAUUAUGCAGCGUUUGAGGGAUAUGAUGAUGUUUGUUUGCAGUUAAUUGAAGCGGGUGCAAAAAUCUAUGAGUGUGAUAAUGAGGGCAAGAAUGCUCUUCAUAUUGCUGCUCAAGAAGGACGAAAUAAUGUCAUCGAAGCAUUGGUUACAGCGACAAAUGUGUGCAUUGACCAAAAAGCUCACGAUGGAAAAACGGCGUUUCGCUUGGCGUGCAUUGAAGGUAAUAUCGAGUGCAUUGACACGCUAAUCAAGUAUGGUUGCGAUGUAAAUUUACGCGAUGCCGAUGGAAGGCCUACGCUCUAUAUUUUGGCCCUUGAAAAUCAAAUUGCCGUUGCCAAGUUUUUGUUAGAGCAUUCGAAUAUCAAUGUAAAUCUUCCUGAUAACGAAGGACGUUCUCCACUCCAUGUUGCCUCUUGGCAAGGCCACCUUGAAAUGGUUGAGCUACUAGUUGCUCAAGGAUGUGCAGAUGUAAAUGCGUUGGACUUAGAUUUUCGUUCUCCGUUACAUUCGUGCGCUUGGCAAGGUAACGACCGUGUCAUGGAGAUGCUGUUGUUUUAUGGUGCCUCGUCUGAUCAUGCCUGCAAACAAGGUGCAACGGCUCUCGGUAUCUCAGCUCAAGAAGGCCACGAAAAAUGCGUUCAAACUUUACUGCAAUAUGGUGCAAAUCCAAACAAAUCCGAUUUAUGCGGUAGAACGCCAAUAAAACUGGCUAUGAAAUCGAAUAACUAUUGCAUUCUAAGGCUAUUGGAAAGCGCAUUGAAAAAUGAGGGUUUGAAACAGCAAAAACAACGAAGCGCAGCGCAUAAAAUCCUUCAAUCACCGCCGGAGAAAAAAGCAUCAAAUGGUACGGUUUUCUAUGAAAAUACCAUGCGGUCGGAUGCAUCAUCGAAUAAUGCCAAAUUCAAUCGGAAAAGCGUAAUUUCUAGUCAUUCAACCGGAAGCAGUAAUAAUGAGACAACGGGUGCUUCAUCGUCAACAAAUAAAAACUAUCAAGCAUCACAGUCAUCGUCAAAACCAGCAAACCAACAACAAUUGCCGGGCAAUUAUCGUUCAUCGAUGAGCAGCCAUUCGGAUAUUUUCAUGAAAGUAGAUGAACAGAAAAUCAAUUUUGAUCUGAAAAUGGAUUAUUCUGAUUUGGGAUGCAUGUCACCGUUGUACGCAACGCCACCAAUUUCACCAGGGAGCGAUAAUGGACCGAAUUUUGACGAUCAAUUCGAAACGCCGAGCACAAUAUUCUCCGCACACAAUGCAGAAAACAAUGACCAUUUUGCUCGCGACACUCACAUGCGCAUCAUUUUGGGCAACAGCAAAGAAACUAGUCAAUCCUCAAAGAAAUCAUUGAAACGAAGUGGCAUCACGACAAAUCCAGCCGUUCGCUUGUUACGCAAUCGUUUUGAUUCAGCAGCACAGCUCAUACGACGUACCAACAAUAUGUUAUCAUCGUCAUCGAACAAUGAAGGUUCUUCAAGUAUCGGAGUCAAAUCCGGAACAUUUCAAUGGCGCAAAGAGAGUCAAAUGUAGAGAGAUAUUUUAUUUUUUAAAUCAAAGAGAUGGUUGAUUAUACUCAAGAAUAUCCGGUUUGUCACAAGAGUGAUUUUUCGAACAACAUUUUAUUUAUAUAUAUAUAUACUCAAGCAUAAAGUUUGUCCUCAGUCUAAACGUUUUGGUUCCUGCGUUAUUAAUUUUUUAGUUUCCAGUGUGAUUUUCGUUUUAAAUUGCGUAUCUUUUUUUUCGUCACUUUCAAAACAAUAUGAGUAUUAAAUGAAUAUCUUGGAUGCAGUUGAAUUACGAACAUAAUUCUAAUCUCGUAAACAUGAUAUAAUUAUAUAUGAAAAAUUAAUCAACUUAGUUUUCCUAGCAUCUUUUUUGUGUUGUGACCACCAUAUGUAUACACCACAAUUUAUAUAUAUACAAGUGAAACAAGCAAUUACAAUUGUAGUAUUAGCCGUAGAGCCGACAAAAUAAACGAUAUUUAAAUUAUUU